AUGGCUGCACCUCGGGGGAAACCGCGCUUAGUCGCUGACCCUUCUAUGGGAGUUGGCGACUUGCUUGAGUGCAUGGAGACUUGGCUGGACGAACUCAACCACAACAGGUUGUACUCCACGAUCAAGCCUCCGGCCCAGACUACGUGGAAGACUGCCCCAGACCCUGGAUGGCUUCUUUCUUUGAGUUCCUUAUGGUCCAAGUUCCUCCGCUUAGCUCCCAAUGGGAUGAUACCAAGCAAGAAGAACCGACAGAGUCUUGAGAGACUACAAGAUGCCCGCAAUGUGAACCAUGGGAAAAUUGAGAAGCAAGCAUUCGCAGACCAAAUAGAUGAAUAUAUGCGAAUAGGCUUGGCGCAGCUCCGAGAUCUGAAACAAAGUGAGCUUCAGAAGUCCAGGGCCAUGAGAAAAGUGACCAGGGAAGAGCAGCAGCAGUUGGAAGAAGUGCUGCCCCUCUUGACUGAGGUUGAGGACGAGCCCCAAUGUUCAGCAAGCAGCAGCGCCCAGCCGCAGUCCACAGCUUUGGUUCCAGCCUGUGGAGAACCAGUGCAAGGAAGGGAUGACUCACAAGAUUCAACAGCAGAAACUGCAGUUUCGAAGGAACCUGAAACUCUGCAGCUCAAGCUGGAAGAGCUCAAUCCCUCCGAAAUUUUCGCCCGAGUUUUGAAAAGGCCAUCCUUGACAUCCAGUUCCGGGAGCCCAGUGAAAUUUUCUUGCUCAGAACAGAAGAGAAUGGUCGAUAGCCCAAGUUCUUUCGCUGGAUUCCUCACUGGCAUGAUGGAAAUGGGUGCCUAUGAUGACAAGGACUACCAGUUGCUGCAAGACAGUGACAAGGACUACCAGUUGCUGCAAGACAGUGCAAACCAGGCGUCUGGCUCCAAGGAAGCCCCAAAGAAGGUCAAGAAAAAGAUUGCAAAAAAGAAAAAAUUGAAGAAAAAGAGAGGCGCUGUGGAAGCUAAGCAUCAAGGGUUGGAAGGUGAUGCCUACUACGAGAAAGCCAGGGAAUUCUCACAAAGGGCUUCUGAAGAGUUUGAAAGGCUCUGGCCCACACCAGCAGACGCUGCACGGGAAUCUGGAACCAGUGGCGUGGCCUCGCCGUCAAGUUUGUCGCGCCGCUCGGAUGUGUCCGAGGACCGUGGAGAUGUGGGCGGUCGUAUUUCGUUGCAGGCAACCAUCGCCCAGGAACUGGUCAACUGUGGAUUUGACUACGUGACAGAAGAUGACGUGAACGUCGUCAGGAAAGGCAUGUGCCACAAAGAGAAGCUUUGCACUGCCUUUGUAACAAUGGCAAGUGCUGCUCAUGUACAACUGGGCAUCCAGCUACUUCAUGGCAGACUGGUUCCAUCAUGCUCCUGGAAAGCUCUACGUGCUGAAACAGCACUAGCAAGGCUCAAUACUUUGAAAUGCAACUCUGGGACUUCUUCUUCCGCUGCACCCGAGCCUCCCGCUCCCAGUGAAGGACAAGCUGCUGGGCACCAUCUUAUGCAUGUGAAAAAGGAAGAAUCCCAGCUUGAGAAUGCCUUCUUGAAUGAACUUCGAGUUUACAGUGAGGAGCCCAAGAAAAAGAAGGACAAGAAGAGCAAGGACAAGGGUUCCAAGGACUUGGAAGUUUCUGGCACUCCAUGGGAAAGAAGGCUCAAACAGAGAAAGGCAGAUCCGGACUUCUGA